AUGGAUCGGCAGCAGAAUCGACGGCAUGAUCGCCUGCCAUUCGCGAUUCUAGCGUCGGACCCCGAAAACGCGAGGACCGGAUAUGAGUUCCAUAUCUGCUUUGACCGUUGCGAGCCACGUCUUGAGUUGACCACCUCGGCGCUUCCUCGAACCGGUGGUUGCGUUUGGCGCCACCAGUUUACGGACGAACUCAUCACCAGACCUCCGCAGCACGUGGCCGAACCACCGGAGUCCCCUGUUAAGCAGAGUUCCUUCCAGGCCCAGAAUGUUGCAUCUGGCGCGGAUGGACGAGUUGGGGACCCGGUCGGAGAGGCGCACGCGCAGGAUACGGCGGAGGCAGUAGGGAUCGAAGACUUCAGGCUUAUGAAGAUCAUCUCUGCGCAGUGGCCAGAAUUCAUUCUAUCGUUCGUUUAUUCAUUCCUUCAUCAGUACAUUGUUUCUAUAAUCCACACAGCCAUCCAUUUAUUUAUUCAUUCAGUCCAGUUUUUAUUUCAGGAAUCAUGUCCAUCAUUCUUUCGUUUGACUAUUUAUUCAAUUUAUUAUUUAUUCUUUCUUCCAUUCAUUGUUUCUUUAAGUCAUUCUUUCUUUCAUUCUCUCCUUCAGAUAUUUUUUCAUGUCUUUUCCCCUCCAUAUCCCAUCACGGUCUUAAUUUUCUUCUUUUUUCUUUUCUUCCAAUUGAUUUUACCUUUCUUUAAUUUUCUUUCUUAUUUUUACUUCUUUCCAUUUUUGCCAUCGUCUUUCUUUUUCUUUAUCAUUCUUGUAUCUUUCUUUUCUCUUUUUCUCCUAUCAUACUCAUAUCUCCUCCUCUUUAUUCUUCUUCUUUUCUUUUUUCCUCAUUCCUCCCUACUUAUAUUUCACCUCCCCUUCAUCAUCAUCAUCCCCAUCAUCAUCAUCAUCACCAUCGCCAUCAUCAUCAUCAUUAUCAUCAUCAUCUUUAUUAUUAUUAUUAUUUCUUUAUUUUGA